CCGGUCGCCGGAGCGGGAGGCGGAGGUUGUUGCCAGCUGAGCGGAUCGCCGAGGCCGGAGGGGGCGGCGAGCGGCGGCGAGCGGCGGCGGGAGCGGGCCCUCGGACGGGUGGAUUAAUGCCAGCGGCCCGCGGGCUCGGCCCGGCCGGCAGGGGGACGUGAGGCGGCGCAGCGAGCAGCGGGUGAGGCGCGGCGGCGGCGGCCGGGGGGAGGCCGCGGGGUCUCUGCCCACGGCCUGACACCGGGCGUUGCACAGACCCUGCUGCACACACACCGUCCUAACCGAAUGUGGGCGUAUGUUCAGAUUUCCACUAUCCACGGUAUUUUGCAUGUAUACAAGAGAAGUUUCUUGAUCAGUGUGUUUUCAUCCCAGUAAGAAAAGAAGCAGUGCUGGAUCCACGGGAAUGAAGACUGGUUCCAAGUCAAAAAGCUGUAUAGAGUAUACUUGAAACACAUCAACCAUGCCACUGGAGCCAGAGAAACCACCUGAAGGUAACGGGGAGGAAAAACCUGUGAGUACACACCUUAAUAGGCAGAGUGAUUCAGAAGCCGAAAAUCUACAUCAUCAAAUAGGACGAAGGACUGAAAUCUCCCGCAGUGGAAACACUCUUUCUUCUGUUUCUCCUAAUCUGGUUUCUGUAGAGGAGUUAAUUGAGGCAGAAAAAGGAGUUUGUAACAUGGCUUUAGCCCAUGAGAUCGUGGUUGAUGAAGGUUUUGUAAUCAAACAGCGCGAUCUACCAGAGAGCAGUUUUGAGAAAACAAUUGAAGAUAUUAUGAAGAAAGCUUUUUGGGAUUGUUUACAAGCUCAGCUAAAUGAGAAUCCACCAGUUUACGACCAUGCAAUCAAGCUUCUAGGUGAGAUUAAAGAGACUCUGCUCUCAUUCUUGCUGCCUGGUCACACCAGGCUGAGGAACCAAAUCAAUGAAGUUCUGGAUCUGGAACUCAUAAAACAGGAGGCUGAGAACAAUGCAUUGAACAUCCCAAAGCUAGCUGACUUCAUCAUUGGGAUGAUGGGAACACUCUGCGCUCCCAUUAGGGAUGAUGACAUCAAGCUCAUCAGGGGCAUCUCGGAUGUGGUGCCAUUAUUCAGGGAGAUUUUUGCUGUGCUGGAUUUAAUGAAGCUUGACAUGGUGAAUUUUGCCAUUAGCAGUAUUCGACCACACUUGAUGAAACAGUCUGUUGAUUAUGAGCGAAAAUGUUUCCAGGAAUUCUUUGAUAAGCAACACGGUUCAUUGGAGGUCGCUACAGAAUGGCUGCAAGAGGCAGCGAGUGAAGUCCUGGCCUCUGAUACUUCUGUGCUUGAUGGAGCCACAGCUGGUGCCACAGAUGUUUCAGCAUUGUGCCCUACCUCAGUGUUAAACCAUGCAUAUGUUAAAUUGCUGAAAUGGGAUCAUGCCAGUAGACUCUUCCCAGAGCCUGUGCUGAUGGACCAAUCCCGUUUUGAGGAGAUGCAGAGGGAGCUGAAUCAGCUGACCAUUACUGCAGCUGUCCUGCUAGUUAUAUACAACAUGACCGGUGCUGCCAUUUCAGGGCUUUCUGGCUUCCUGGACAGACUGAAGGGGAUUAUUAAAGUCUUACUGACAGGCAUGCAUACUCACUCCUUUCACCUUGCCGAAGCUAUGACCAGUAUGAGUGAGCAGAUCUGUGUGGAGGUAAAUAACUGCUUAACUCAACAUGGUUUCUCACUACUACCUACUGAAAAAGCGAUGGUGUUGAAAGGUCAAAUCCAGGCCAUAUCUAAUCCGGAUAACUCUGUUCGCAAAUUAAUAGAUGUACGAAUGCAGACUUUUCUGAAGAUGCACCUCGCGGCAAGCAAUCCAAAAUCCGUUUCAGUCCCUGGAGGGCUUGGCCCCAUUAAAAGAGAGCUGGAAGAGAUAACAGUCAAAUUUCUUCACCUUGUAAACUAUAACAAGUUGGUCUUCAGUCCUUAUUAUGACACUAUCUUGGCUAAAGUGCUCCAAAGGAAUGAGACACAACUUCCAGGGGCAGAGUGCAACUACCGUUCCUGAAGCCUUUGUUCCAGUCCUGAUACCAGUCCUAUGUUCAGGUUGAGGCAGAGUUAUCAACCCUUCACAACUUACCGAGAUUUGCAACCUCUCAGCUACAGCCCAAAUCCAAUCCGGAAAACCUUCAAAAAUGUUAUCUUUUGUGUGAAAAUAGGAAGACCACUUACACUGCACUUAUUGAGCCCGAGUUAGAAGCAUCGAAUGGAUAUUCCUGUACCCUUCAACUUGGGUUGUUGCUCAAAUCCAUGGGGGAGAUUUUAAUCUUUCUUUUUUGUGGUAGUUCAAUAUAUAUUCAAAAAAAAGGAUCAGAUGCAGCCAAAUCUUUUUUUUCUUGUAUUGUUUAUAUAUUUGAAUAUGCAAGCAGCCAACACAUUACCAUCACUUAGUGGAUCAUUUUUGGAAGCUAAAUUUGGGACCACUGUAGAAACGGUUUAAAAUGAGGAUAUUGCUUGGAUUUGCUUUCAUGCACAGUAAACAUGUUGAAUUAUUAAAUACAAUCAUCUUCAAUGAAAACAUUUAUGUCACAGUGGAUAUAAACUCAGUAUUUUCCUCACUGUUGGUUGCGAUGUCGUAUUAUAGCUUGCUUGCUGAGCAUUAUGUUUGCCUCUUCUGUACUGUUACAUAGAGUGGCUACAGAAAUGGUAUGUAUUGUACUGACUACAAGUUGUACUUUACCACUGUAAAUACUAGUAACUUAUUUUGUAAAACUUAAGAAUGUGCAUAAUUUUUUUCAGCUGCAUGUUUCCAAAAUUUUGCAGUAGUGAUAAUGUAUAGUAUUUAAACAAAAAAUGCAAACCUAUGUAUCCUGGUGUAAUAAAGGUACAUUGAGUGGCAGUAGUUGUUUUAUAAAGAAACAA